AUGGAUUUCGAUACCGAAAAAUUCAUAAAUGAAGUCCGGAAACGCCCACCAAUUUGGAAUACAAAAUGCUCACAGUACUCCGAUAAAAAAUUAAAACAAACCGCUUGGGAAGAAUUGGCGAAUGUUUAUGGUGCUGAAUUACAAAUUAAAGAAAAGAAGCAACUCGUUUUGAAUCUUCAGAAAAAAUGGCGAAACAUACGUGACUGUUUUGUGAAGGCCCAUAAAGCAAAGCAGACAAAGAGUGGGUCUGCGGCUAAAAAGAAAAUUCCGUAUAUAUUCUACGACAAACUUUUAUUUUUAAAAGACACAAUAUCUUUUAAGACCACUAUCUCUAAUGUGACUGUAGUCAAGGAAGAUGUAAUUGAAGCUGCUGAAAAUGACGAUACCAUUCCAUCAAAUACGUCCUCAUGUACACCAAAGAGAAGAAAGAAAAAUAAAAAUAAUAAUCGUGUCAAUAAAGAGUUAAUCGGGGUUUUAAAUAGAAAUUUAGAAAGAAAAAAUUUUGAAGAUGAUGAGGAUCGCCUUUUCUUUUUGUCAUUAGUAAAAGAAUUUAAAAAAAUACCGGAUCACAUGCGAAUUCAAACUAAGUUAGAAAUUUUAAGAGUAAUUAAAGACGGGCAGUUUUCUGAGUAUCCAAAAUCAUCAUGGGAUUAUUCAAACACAUAUUGUGAAUAUCAAAACGCACAUUAUUCAAGAAGUAAAGUGCCUUCACAAGAAAUUAUAGAGAAUCCGAUACAAGUACAAUCGCCAUCAUCGACAGAUUCAAGUGACAGCUAA